AGCACACACGCACAGAUUUCUGAAGCCAGACACAGAGGAGGAGGAUGAGCCAGACUCCGGGAGGCAGUGGUGACACCGCUCCAAGCUGGCGAGCCGAGGUGGCAGGAGCGAGCCGGGAUGUCCGUGCCACCCCCCCUGUGACCCCAGCCCCGCUUCCAGAGGAGCAGAAUUCCUCUAACACAGACUCCUGCAGUCACUCUGCAGUAAGAAAUGGUGUUACAGGAAUCCACACUGCACCAGGAAUAGCGAAGGAAGGAGAAUAAUUUGCUCCCCACACCUCCACCUUGGCUAAUUGUUGAUCUCCCAGUUUAACAUUCCUAUUGUUCCUGCAUCCCAGACUUGAGCUUCUGCUGAUCCCCUGGGCAGAAAAAGGAAAAUUGUUGCUGCUCCAAGCACGAGAAGUGUUGGCUUCAACCUGACAGAGUGUCUGUGUUCAUCCAAGGCUGGUUUGGUGCUUGAGCAGUGGCCCACCCCUCAGCUGCCCUCCAGAGAGCUGUGUUGGUCAAACCCUGAGGGUUCUCAUCUCCAUCCCUGCUCCUUCCCAGCCCACCUCUAUGCCUUUGGACUGCCAGAGAGGAUGUCUGUGCCCCAAAUCCAAAUAGAAGAGGCUCUGGACAGCAUGGAUGCUGGCUCUGGGGGGGUUCCUCCUCCUGAUGAUCACCUGAGGACCCUCAAGGCAUUGACAGAGAAGCUGAGGCUGGAGACCAGGCGCCCUUCCUACCUGGAAUGGAAGGCAAAGCUGGAGGAGCAGGCUUGGAAGAGCCCCCAGCCCCAGGGAGAUGGGGAGGACGAGGCCACCAAGGCCAAAAAGACCCCAGGGGAGACUGUCCCCAUGAGGAAGGUGCAGCUGCACCUCAAUGGGAGCCCUGCCCAGGACAAGGGGACUGUCACCUCGGGGAGAAUAGGUGGCUUUGAGAGCAUUGAUGAAGCUCUGACGUGGCUCAGGAAGGAGCUGGCAGAAAUGCGCCUGCAGGACCAGCAGCUGGCCAGGCAGCUGAUGCGGCUGCGCAGCGACAUCAACAAGCUGAAGAUCGAGCAGACGUGCCACCUGCACCAGCGCAUGCUCAACGAUGCCACCUUCGAGCUGGAGGAGAGGGACGAGCUCGCCGACCUCUUCUGUGAUUUCCCCCUCGUGAGCUCCUUCAGCCUCUCCACGCCCCUCAAGCUCAUCGGGGUCACCAAGAUGAACAUCAACUCGCGGCGGUUCUCGCUGUGCUGAGCCGGGAAGGAUGGGAUGGGGGAGAAGGAGGGAGAGGGUUGUCUCUGCCUCGUGGGUGGGUGAGGAGAGGCCAAGGAGGAGCAGAGGGAGCCAGCAGGGGUGGCUGGCUGGGUGGCAGAGUGGAGGUGGGCGCUGGAAUGGCACGGGGAUCUCGUGGGGAAGAAGCCUGGAGAGCAUCCAGAGCCAACACGUGCACUCAGCUCCUUCGCCAAGUCCCUUCUCCUCCUCUUCCUCCCACAGGAUGCAGCUCGGUGUGGGUGGUUGUGCUCAAAAAAAAAAUAAAAAAUCAAAGGAGGGGUGAAAAAUCAGCCACAAAGCAAAAUCCCUCUUCCCUUCCCUUUCCCUUCCUCCCAGGCUGGAGCAACAAUGUCCCUGUCCUCCAGGGAUGUCCCCUUGGGCACCAACCCUCAGCCCAUGCUGCUCCAAGCACGGCGUCCAUGGGGCUGUUGGGUUGAAGGGUAGCAGCCCCAAGAAGUGGUGAGAAGAUGUGUUUGUUGGAUUGCUCCACAGAGUCCAGGGCACCACAGUUUGGUAUAGAUUAUGGACUCACCACGGGCACAUUCAGAGAUUCCAGCUGAGCAGAGCUCUCCUGUGCACCCUGGAAGUCACAGCCAGAGCAAUACACGUUUCUGAUCCUGUUGGAUCCUGUUGUCAGCCACAAGACACCCUGCAAACGAGGAAAAGUUGCUCCCAAGACAUCUCCUAUCAGAGAAAUCCCCAGGCUGACACCCCCUAACAGCAGCACCAGCAAACCCUGGGCCCUCUGUAGCAACACAAAUCCAUCAGAGAGAGGAACUUCGAGAGGAGAAAAGGGACCUUUGGGUAAUGAACUCAAAAUGGGACAUCAGUUCUAAGGGAGGAACUGCUGUGAUGAGCUUUGGACCUGCAGCAGCACAGAGGGUUCCCUCCCUGCCCAGCAGAAUGUGAGAUGGAUGCUGGAUUUCCUUUUGCCUUUCAGUGCACAAGGCUGCCUGUGCCUGGCACAGGGGGCACAGACCUCUGGUGCUGCCCAGAAAGGGACUCCAGAGGUCUUGCCAUGGCAAUUUUGGGACAGCUGGCAGCCAAGACACAACAGAUCAAGCCUGGAUGCCUUCAGGCUCUCCCCCCUGUGCCCAAUCCUGCUCAAGGUGUGCCUGCCCAUGGCAGGAGGGCUGGAACCAGGAGAUCUUGAUGGUCCUGUCCGACCCAAACCACUCUGUGAUCUCAGCCCCACUCUGCUCUGCUGGAGCAGAGCUGGCUGUGCCCACAGCACCAGCCCAA